GUCCGUGAGCGCCGAUGUGGGAAACGCCAUUUGGUGUUUUUGUGUUGUUCAAGAAAGGUACACUCGCGGAGUUUCCCUGAAAAUUAUCCCUCUUAGCCAGGUGGCAGCUCCGUGAAAAUUCGCUAAAAUUACUCUGUGACACCCAUUGGAUAAAUUGGUGGUGCUGCAGUGUCAUCCAAGGGGGUGAAAAGUGCGGAAAAUUUGGAGAAAAGAAAGUGGCAGCAGAAGUAUGAAGAAAAAUUUUUCGUGGAUUUGCUGAAAAUUUGAACCUCCAACAAAAUGGAUAAUGAUGCUGAUUUAGAUCCCCGGAUACAGAUUGAAUUAGAAAAUCUCAACACGGCAACAGAUGAAAUCAACAAAUUGGAGAUUGAGUUGGAGGAAGCAAAUACAACCUUUCGCAUUUUACUAAAUGAAUCCACCAGGCGUUUGAAGUUGCUGUCCAAGAAAUUGGGUGGAUGCAUCGAAAAAGCCCGUCCGUACUAUGAUGCUCUCGAGAAUGCCCGUAUCGCGCAGAUUGAGUGUCAGAAGGCAGCUGUUAAAUUCCAGCGUGCCAAUGAAAUUCAUGCAGCGGCAAAGGAAACAGUUGCAUUAGCGGAGCAGAGAUUCAUGAGUAAUUCACAUGAAUGGCAAUUCGAUAAUGCAUGGCAAGAGAUGCUAAAUCAUGCUACAAUCAAGGUUAUGGAUGCGGACAAUCAAAAGGCAGAAAGUAAUGCUGAACAUCAGCGCAAGGCGAUAAUUUUCAAUGCAGCCGAACAGAAGGUUCAGCAGUUGGAGGAGCGCCUCAAGCGUAACAUCCACAAGUCACGUCCAUACUUUGAGGAGAAACAAAUAUGCAAGGAUCAGCUGGAGACACAGAAGGGUCGCAUUCAGGAGCUUCAGUCCCUCGUGCAAGUGGCAAAGGCCUCGUAUUCGAAUGCUCUGCGAAAUUUGGAGACAAUCAGCGAGGAGAUUCACAAGCAACGGGGUGAGCUGAGCUGUGCUGCACCACCGGGUCCGCGUGAACCGGGCGUAGGGGCGGAAUUGAAUGUGACUGAGAUGACAAAAUCCAAGACAUCUUCCACCGCCGCGGGUAUUGUGCUCAAUUCCCCUGUCCUUGCGCUUCCGGACUACACGUCCGAAUUGGAAAGGUGUGCCAUCCAAUCCACGGGCACGUCUGUGGCCACGAGUUCAGCUGUGAGUGAGAAGGGUGAUGAUAGUGAUGUGGAUGAUGCUGAUUUGGAUCUCGAAGAACUCCGGCAGCGUGUGAAGGUGCUGGCAAUUCGUCCCGUUGAAGGUGGCGAUGGGCAGCAAGAGCAGGAUGUGUGGGAGAGUGAAUUGAAUGCCACGGUGGAUAAGCUUGAUCAUUUAAUGAUGAUUCGUGAAUGCGGGGGCAUGCCUUACAUGCCAAGUGGGAGUUUCCCUGCGACACCCCGAAAGACAUCCCCGAGUCCCAUAAAGCAGCUGCAGAAGGCACCACCACCACCCACCGUUAAUACAUCACUAAAAGAGCUCUCUGUGGCACAACUCCUACCCGCCAUGGUGUCCCCACAUGGGGCUACAUCACAACGUAGCAGCGGUGUGGUCACAAAUGAAGGGAGAGUCGAACACAAGCGGAAGUUGUCUGUUUAGAGAGAGAGAGAGAGAGAGAGAGAGAGAGAAACAAGAAUUCAACGCAGGUGAAUUUAUUCAUAGAAUAAAUCACUCGCAUGAGGGAUUCUCUGCUCUAGCAUGCCACACAAAACAUUGGUGAUUCUAUGAAGAACAAGAAGCUGAAAGGAAAUGUUCCUCGAAACCUGCAGCAGCUGGUAAGCAAAAAUAAAAAAAAUCUAUAUUAUUACAAAGGAUAAAAAAAUGAAGGAACGAUUAAACUGUUGGAGAGAUCUGAUAUAAAGGAGGACACAUAAAAAAAGAGAGAGAGAGGAAGUAAAUUGCUAAAGUCACCUUUAAAAUUGUAUCAAAUUGAUAUUUUUAGAGUUGAAUUUUCACAUUAUAAUUAUCAUUUCCUUCAA